AUAAACCCGUCUCCACUCCAUUUCUCUUCCUCAUAUUAUAGCCUUCGCUCUCUUUGUUAUCUCUCUAAAGAGCCUCUCUCUCUCUCUCUCUCUGUCUCUGUUACUAUUUCUUUCUCUCUAGAUUCAAAGCAGCUCUUAAGAGUUUUGUAGAGUUUGACUUGCCGAACCCGUGGAUUUAUAGAACUCUUCUGACACUGUCAAGAACUUUUCCAUUCCUUUGCAUUUGGCAUGUCAUGUUCAUUUUUUGCUGAAAAGAGAACACAAAGAGUACCAGUUGGACUUAUCUCAAUACACAGUUUGGUUUGUAUGCAUUUGCAUAUGAAAUGGGUUCUCGAGGAAGGCUGUUAUUUGAUCUUAAUGAACCCCCUGCUGAGGAUGACGAGGAAAAUGACCGAGUCUUCUGCUCCCAGCCGCAGAAAGCACUUCCCUCUGCGAAUCCCCACACUUCUGACUUGUUUGUAGCAUCUGCAGGUCCUAAAAGAAUAAUGAAUAAUCAUGCUUUCUCACAUGCAUCAUCUGUGUCGGGUUUUCAGCCUUUUAUUCGACCCAAAGCUGCUCAGGGCCAUGGAGUGUGUCCUGUGCAGAAGGCUGAGGAUCCGAAUCCUAAGCUUGCAUCAUCUUUAUUGAAGUCCAGUAGUGAGGAGAUUAAAACAUCACCAUCACUAGUUCCAGGUUCUGAAAGUGCUAUGGCUGUUGAAAGAGAAGAAGGGGAAUGGUCUGAUGCUGAGGGUUCUGCUGAUGCAUAUCCGAGUGCUAGCUUGCAUGAGCAGGAUAAAGCUUUGGAAGGGCAAGAGAUGUCUGAAGCGAUGGAUUGUACUGCCGCUGGUGUGGAUGUUAAAAAUCAUGAAAGCAGUAGGGAUGAAAAUAGUAGACAUGCAUUGUCAGGAUUGGAUCAAGAUCCAAGUGAACAGAAAAGUAACAAUAUCCGACAUCCUGAAGGCAGCACUAAAGGUGAUAGAUCUAUGGAUGGUCAGGAAGAGGCUGGCUUGCCUCCAAAACAAAGAGAAGUUAAAGGUAUUGAAGGAAGUCAUACAAAUAAGUUUGCAAAUAAUCCAGGCAAAAGAAAGGUAGAUCAGCAAAAAGAAGCAAUGCUAGGGAAGAAACGCAAUAGAAAGACUGUUUUUCUUAAUUUGGAAGAUGUCAAGCAAGCUGGCUCUUUGAAAACUUCAACACCAAGGAGGCAGAACCCACCCAUUAUCACUCGCACUACUAAGGAAGUUCGUAUGAUACUUCCUCCUAUUGAACGUGGUGGAGAAAAGCAUAGUCAGUCAGUAAAUAAGGAUCAGAAACAAUAUGAUGCAUCAUCAUGUAAUGAUGAAGUCACUCCUUUGGAACCUUAUGAAUCAAAACCUGAAUUUAAUGGUGAUAUGAAUCCCGGACCAAUAAGUAGGCCUAGGAGGCUAAAUAGUGGUACUGAUUUUUCUGCAGAGGUUUCUCAACCACCCAUCCCAAGACAGAGUUCAUGGAAGCAACCCGCAGAUACACGGCAGCUGAAAAUUUCUCAGUUUAACAAAAAGUCAGCUCCAGUGAGCCAAAGUUCCAUGGAUCCAAAGCUCGGAAACAAGAAAUAUCCUUCUGCCAAGAAGCCAACUGUUGUUGGUAACUUGUAUCAGGACACAUCAGUUGAACGCCUUAUACGGGAGGUGACAAAUGAAAAGUUUUGGCAUCACCCAGAGGAGAGUGAACUUCAAUGUGUUCCGGGUCAGUUUGAAUCAGUAGAAGAUUAUGUUAGAGUAUUUGAGCCAUUGCUUUUUGAGGAAUGCCGAGCUCAACUAUACAGUACAUGGGAAGAGUUGACUGAAACAGUUUCAAGAGAUACGCAUAUAAUGGUUCGCAUAAAGAGCAUUGAAAGGCGUGAGAGAGGAUGGUAUGAUGUGAUAGUCCUUCCCACAAGCGAUUGCAAGUGGGUGUUUAAGGAGGGUGAUGUAGCAGUUCUUUCAACUCCCAGGCCUGGAUCAGUUAGAACCAAGAGGAACCAUAUGCUGUCAAUCGAAGAUGGGGAAGAGCCUGAGGUUACUGGCCGAGUGGCUGGCACUGUUAGACGACACAUACCUGUUGAUACUCGUGAUCCCCCAGGGGCAAUUCUUCAUUUUUAUGUUGGGGACUCAUACGAUCCUAGCAACAUGGUUGAUGAUGAUCAUAUUCUGAGGAAACUUCAUCCAAAGGGUAUAUGGUAUCUGACUGUGCUUGGUUCUCUUGCAACCACCCAGCGGGAGUACGUUGCUUUGCAUGCAUUUUGUCGUCUCAAUUCACAGAUGCAAACUGCAAUCCUUAAGCCCAGCCCAGAGCACUUCCCAAAAUAUGAGCAUCAGACCCCCACCAUGCCUGAAUGCUUCACACAGAAUUUUAUUGAUCAUUUGCAUAGGUCUUUCAAUGGACCCCAGCUUGCAGCAAUCCAAUGGGCAGCUAUACACACUGCUGCUGGUACCAGCAGCGGGAUGACAAAGAGUCCAUGGCCCUUUACCCUAGUUCAAGGGCCUCCAGGAACAGGUAAGACACACACAGUGUGGGGAAUGCUGAAUGUCAUACAUCUGGUUCAGUAUCAGCACUACUACAAUUCUUUGCUUAAGAAACUUGCACCUGAGAGCUAUAAGAAUGCUAAUGAGAGCAAUUCUGACAAUAUUACUAUGGGAUCAAUUGAUGAAGUUCUUCAGAAUAUGGACCAAAAUCUUUUGCGCACCCUUCCAAAACUUUGCCCGAAACCCAGAAUGUUAGUUUGUGCUCCUUCGAAUGCUGCAACUGAUGAACUUCUUGCACGUGUUCUUGAUCGUGGUUUCAUUGAUGGUGAGAUGAAGGUUUACCGACCUGAUGUGGCACGAGUUGGGGUAGAUUCACAAACACGUGCAGCCCAGGCAGUUUCUGUUGAGCGUAGAACUGAUCAACUUUUAGUUAAGAGCCGUGACGAAGUUUUAGGAUGGAUGCACAAUUUAAAAGCGCGUGAAUCUAUGUUGUCCCAGCAGAUAGCUAGUCUACAAAGGGAACUCAAUGCAACGGCUGCUGCUAUUCGUUCACAAGGAUCUGUGGGUGUUGACCCUGAUGUUCUUGUGGCUCGUGACCAGAAUCGGGACGCAUUGCUGCAGAACCUUGCUGCCGUGGUUGAAGGCAGGGAUAAAGUUCUCGUUGAGAUGUCUCGCUUUCAUAUUUUAGAAAGUAAGUUUCGUCCUGGUAGCAACUUCAAUUUGGAAGACGCCCGAUCUAGUCUUGAGGCAAGUUUUGCCAAUGAGGCUGAGAUUGUUUUCACUACUGUCUCAAGCAGUGGGCGCAAGUUGUUUUCUCGCCUUACUCAUGGUUUUGAUAUGGUAGUCAUUGAUGAGGCAGCCCAAGCCAGUGAAGUUGGUGUUCUUCCUCCCCUUGCUCUUGGUGCAGCACGAUGUGUUCUUGUUGGGGAUCCUCAGCAGCUUCCUGCAACAGUUAUCAGCAAGGCGGCUGGAACCUUGCUAUACAGCAGGAGCCUGUUUGAGAGGUUCCAGCAAGCAGGAUGUCCAACAAUGCUGUUAUCUGUACAGUAUAGGAUGCAUCCUAAUAUCCGGGAUUUUCCUUCAAGGCACUUUUACCAAGGACGCCUCACUGACAGUGAAAGUGUUUCUAAUUUACCUGAUGAGGUCUACUACAAGGACCCCUUGCUUAGGCCUUAUAUUUUCUAUGAUGUCAUCCAUGGUAGGGAGUCCCAUAGAGGUGGAUCUGUUUCAUAUCAAAACAUUGAUGAAGCGAAAUUUGGUGUUUGCUUGUAUGAGUAUCUUCAGAAAACUUUGAAAUCUUCAGGUUUGGGGAAAGUCUCCAUUGGUAUAAUCACACCAUACAAGCUGCAAUUAAAAUGCCUUCAGCAUGAAUUCCGAAAUGUUUUAGCGUCAGAAGAAGGAAAGGAUUUGUAUAUUAAUACUGUAGAUGCCUUCCAAGGCCAGGAACGUGAUGUUAUUAUCAUGUCUUGUGUGCGAGCCUCAAGUCAUGGGGUUGGGUUUGUUGCAGAUAUUCGCCGUAUGAAUGUUGCCCUUACUCGUGCAAGACGGGCUCUUUGGGUUAUGGGAAAUGCCAAUGCUCUAACCCAAUCUGAUGACUGGGCUGCAUUAAUUGCUGAUGCCAAAACAAGGAAUUGUUACAUGGACAUGGACUCCCUCCCUAAAGAAUUUUUGGCAUCACUAUCAGUAAAAGGACCAGGGUACAAUUCAUCACAGGGUAAGAUUUCCAACAAUGCAAGAGGUUUGAGAUCAGCUGGACCAAGACAUAGAUCGUUGGAUCCACACAUAGAGUCCAGGUCUGGAACGCCAUCAGAAGAUGAAGAGAAGAUGCCUCGGAAUGGAAAUUACCGUCCUUUUAAGCCAGCACUGGAAAAUUCCCUGGAUGACUUUGACCAAUCAGGUGAUAAAUAUAGGGAUGCUUGGCAGUGUGGCAUACAGAAAAAGCCAAAUUCUGGUGGAAUUGUGACAAAGAGGGAUUCCUAGUUGUUUAUUGUCUGCAAAAUCCAUCUAAAGUCCUGGGAGGAUCACAGCAUUAUGUGGUUUACUGAUUGUGUGGUGCCAGCUCUUAGAGCCAGAAGGGCUGUCGGAAAAAUUGCUCUUUGUGCUUGCAUCAUCGGCUGCUUGAAAGUAAUCUGAAACAAGUAGGUGCUAAGCUCUUUGUCAGCUACUUCCAGAAAGACGAUAACUUGGGUUCUAACUUGUGCACAAAGGCUUGGUUUGAUACUGAAGAUCUGAGAAUUGAUCCUGUGAUUUCAUAAAAGGUGGAUGCUUUUGGGUCGUAUGUAGAAUAUCAACCCUUAGUCCACCAGUUUACAGGCCUUGUUGGAAUCCAUCAGUGGCAAAAAGAUGCUUUUACCUUUUGGGUUUCGCAUCAAGAAUUUUUCUGCUGACUAGAAUCUGUGAGAUGGUUAACUCUAGACAACUUGAAUUUGGCCAUUUUGCCAAUGUAGUGAUUAAUGUGGGAGCUGUGGUUGGAUUCUCAGUUAGGUAAGGCAUGCGAUUUUCUAGCUCACCUCACAAAAUGCUGCUGACUCCUGGUUAGACUAUCAGCGACUCACUGGAGAGUUCACAUUUGGAAGAUGUUAUGGUACAUUCUUUGGACGUGCAGAUGCACAAGAGGAUGGUUUCUGAAAAGGUAUGCAGGAUGUUGGAUGGUUAACUGAAUUUUCUCUUCCGUUUUUUUAAGGGAAGUAAAUUUGUAUGCCUGGAACAGGUGGGGAAAUUCGAAAUUUCUGUAUAGAAAAAGUAGUAGAGUACAGCAUCUCUUUAAGAAAUUCAAAUACCAUAGGCAUUUGUGGUGUCAACUGACUUGUACAUACAUCUUCGGCUGUGGAUCCAAUACAAAUUCUUUUUAAAUGUUUCGUCUUGAUUUUGUAGAUAUAACAUGACAAGUAAAAAUUCUUAAAUUGUAUUUUCUACUCAAAAAAGUGCUUUUGUGUAAUGCAGUAAUGCACAAGAGUGUUUUUAGGAGGUAUUGGUUUACCAAUUUGUCUUUUCAUUUUUAAUUGCGUAAAAAAGGGGAAGCAUAUGAAAUUGCUUGGAUUUCCUGGAUCCACCCUGUGUGGGAGCAGCCAAUGAAACAGUAAACAUUUUCAGGUAUUGUAGAGCCUGUAUUUUGAUUUGGCUUUGUCCGUCUUCUGACACAUGCGCUUCUACACAUAUGUAAGACCAAAUAUUUUAACGGCUCAAUGUACGAAUAUAGUUAGCUUCUUUCUGUUCCGUGGACUGAAUUGGAAAUAGGGAUUAUUUAAAUAAUUGUAUAGACAUGGACAGCUAUCAAGUAUGCAUUGCAAACAAAAAUGAUCACUUCCGUGACAUCUGAGGUGCUAUUGGUUAUCAGUAACAAUAGCACAUGGCAUAUAUGUGGGUUCAUGUGGAAUAUGGUUUGUUCUCUGCUUUGGCACUAUUCAGUUUAUCGUUUAUGUUUAUUUUCUUGUAUUAAAAAUUGAUGCUCUUCCAUUUUCCACAUUACUUGACAGGUUUCAUUCCAGUUAAACCCCUAGGGGAACUGAUAGUCCGAUACAGCCAAGUAAGUUAGUAAGGUGGUCAAAUCCCACCACAAAUGUCCAACUUUUAUUGUUAUUUUUAAUAAGGUUUUGAUGUAUUUAAGUUGUCUUUAUUCCAUUAUUAAUACAUCUGCUACGUGUACAUUAA